AUGGGAAUAUGCUGCUCCAACUAGAAUAGUGCAGACUAAUGGUAAGGUCUUUAAUAAGAGGGAUCCAUCCAGACUAACGCUGAUUAACUGUAAGGCUUGGAGAACGUUUCUUAGAACAACAAUGACUCAUUGGUAAUUUUCUACUUAGAGGGAGAAGCUGAUCAAAAGAUGGAUGCAAUCACUUUAGCUAGAUAAUACCCAGAGCGUUGGUAAGGAGAAGAACUUAAAGAAAAUGAAACUAUCUUUAUCCAUGAACACUAAUUAGAUAAGAUAUCUUAGAAUCUCAGAGUAGGAUGGAUCUGUGAUGGAGGAAAAGCUCCUCUGAAUGGAUGCUUUAGUGGUAUAACCGAUUUCAAUUAAUCUGAUAAAAUGAAUAUUCAAGGAUGGGUUUGCUGGCCUUGUAACUUUGACUAUUGUGAAAAUUGCAUCAAAGCAUCGAAAUACAUUGACAAGGUUACUAAAAAAAGAUUAAAUAUACUUGAUCUACCUAGUAAAGCUUAAAUAAGGUAACUUAAUAUUCGGUUUAUAUCUGUUAAUAAUUUCAUAGGCCAUAAAUUACAGAUGAAAAAUGAAACUUGA